GCCGGCCCUGGGGCGAACCAUUCCCGCCUAGGCAUGGGGGACACUGCGUGCGGACCGCUCCCCUCCGCCGGCCGCCCCUCUCGGCGUUGCCGCUGAGAAGGACCACUCCGCUCUUUUCCAUUAUUUUCAACUUGAGAAACGCGUUUUGGUUUUCAUUCGUCUCCCUUUUUUGGCUUCCGCGCGUCUUCCCCUCCGUUUCUCCCCCCCCGGGGAGGUGCCGGGAGUGGUGCGGGCGGGCGGAGGCGCCCGUGUGUCAAUGUGUCCGUCCUUCACUCCUCCAUUGUCUCUCGCCGUUGCUGCCGCCGCCGCGCUCGCUCGCCCUCCCCGCCCCGGACCGCGCAACCACCCGACAGAAAUUUUAUGAAUAAGAAUCAGAAGCCGGUGCUAACAGGCCAGCGGUUCAAAACUAGGAAGAGGGAUGAAAAGGAGAAAUUUGAACCCACAGUCUUCAGGGAUACAAUUGUCCAAGGCCUCAAUGAAGCUGGGAAUGACCUGGAGGCUAUAGCCAAGUUUCUGGAUGCAGCAGGCUCACGGCUUGAUUAUCGCCGCUAUGCUGACACACUCUUUGAUAUUUUGGUAGCUGGCAGCAUGUUAGCUCCUGGAGGCACACGCAUAGAUGACAAUGAUAAGACCAAGAUGACCAACCACUGUGUAUUUUUUGCAGAUGAAGAUCAUGAUGCCAUCCGAAAUUAUGCUCAGGUCUUCAAUAAACUUAUCAGGAGAUACAAAUAUCUGGAGAAAGCAUUUGAAGAUGAAAUCAAAAAGCUCCUGCUAUUUCUUAAAGCCUUUACUGAGACAGAGCAGACAAAACUGGCAAUGCUUUCUGGCAUCCUGUUAGCCAAUGGGACUCUUCCUGCUACAAUUUUAACAAGCCUCUUCACUGACAAUAUAGUCAAAGAAGGGAUUGCAGCCUCUUUUGCUGUAAAGCUUUUUAAAGCAUGGAUGGCAGAGAAAGAUGCCAAUUCUGUUACCUCUGCUUUAAGAAAAGCCAACCUUGAUAAGAGAUUGCUAGAACUCUUUCCAGCCAACCGGCAGAAUGUGGACCAUUUUGCCAAGUAUUUUACUGAAGCAGGUCUAAAAGAACUCUCAGAUUUCCUUAGAGUUCAGCAGUCACUGGGGACUCGUAAAGAACUUCAAAAAGAACUACAAGAACGUCUCUCUCAGGAAUGCCCAAUUAAAGAGGUAGUGCUUUAUGUAAAAGAGGAAAUGAAAAGAAAUGAGCUGCCAGAGCCAGCAGUGAUCGGUCUCCUCUGGACCUGUGUCAUGAAUGCUGUGGAAUGGAACAAGAAAGAGGAGCUGGUUGCAGAGCAGGCCCUCAAACAUCUGAAGCAAUAUGCCCCCCUGCUUGCUGUGUUCAGCACUCAAGGCCAGUCAGAGUUGAUCCUUCUCCAGAAGGUGCAGGAGUACUGUUAUGACAACAUCCACUUCAUGAAAGCCUUUCAGAAGAUAGUGGUACUCUUUUAUAAAGCUGAUGUUCUGAGCGAAGAAGCUAUCCUCAAAUGGUAUAAAGAAGCACAUGUUGCUAAAGGCAAAAGUGUUUUUCUUGACCAGAUGAAGAAAUUUGUGGAGUGGCUGCAAAAUGCUGAAGAAGAGUCGGAGUCUGAAGGGGAGGAGAACUGAGACGGUUCCACAAAGCCCAGUCUCAAUCUAGGUUAAUGCCAAAUGCGCUUCGGAAUGCUGUACUGUUCAAGCAAAGAGGCUUUACUUCAGUGUCAUACAGAAAACUAUAGACUAGACUUUCCUUUUGUUUAGAAGAAUAAAGGUUUUUAAUGGAGCCCUGAGGCAUUAGAUGCUUUACUUGGGACUCUUACCUCUGGCUCAUCGUACACUAACUUAGGCAAAGACAUCCAGCAAGGAGCCAUAUAGAAAAAGUGAAAUUAAAUACUUAUGGACUCCUUUUUAUUAACGGUCUUUUUCAGGUACUAUGGUAUAUGAACACUCCAAUUUCUGUUUAUAGAACUGUUUGGUCUGUGUUUGUAGCUCAAUAUUGGCUUGUGUAUGUGAUUUGACACCACCACAUUUUUUUGAAUAAAUGGCUUUUAUAUCUUA